AUGUCCACAGUCCACGGGAACCUACGAGCUGGAGACUUGAACCCCUUCCAGAUGUAUCACGAAGGAUCACUGCCGAUGAACGCCUUGGUCAACUCCGACUAUGGAGCACCUGGAGUAUCAAACUACUUCAACUCGACAGAAUCGGUACCACGGACAGAGAAAUGUGUGGCAAUCCUUACGCACAGAAGGAAGAGAACCAACUUCACACCCCAACAGAUCGAAGUGUUGGAGAAAGUCUACUCGGACACUAAAUACCCUGACAUCUACUUGCGAGAGCGACUCGAGGCUCUGACGGGUCUGCCAGAGUCAAGGAUCCAGGUGUGGUUCCAAAACAGAAGAGCAAAGUCGCGUCGUCAAGUUGGAUCUUCAGCGUCUACAAACAAUGCCACUUCUACAUCAAGUCAUCCCAGCCAAUUUCAGAAAGUUAAUAGCCACAAUGCUGAGCCACACCAGACCGUCUUCCGCCUCAUACCCAAAGUGCAGCAGAGCUCUGAAGACACUCAUACAGCUCCAAUAACAAAAGUCAACACCUUUGAGAACCCACCUCCAUCAUGUCUCUAUGACAAAGAAGCCGACAGACUGAAGCCAGAGCAGAUGCCCAGACCUGAGCUCAGUGUCAAUGUGCCCUGUUACAACGUCCACCUUUACCUCAAGGGAAACCAACAGCAGACAAACAGCAUCACAAGCAACAACCAGGUGGACUAUGACAACUUUCCUCCAAAUAAAACCAUUGGACCAGAGAUGAAGGUCAUAAUCCCACCCAUUCCAAUCCAGAACAACUUCAACAGGUCACCACCAAAGGACAACAGCUGCCCUCUGCAGUAUCCCCAGAUAAGGCAGCCUGAAAUCAACUUCUCCCUGGAUCCUGCUGAGGGCAAGGAUUUCUCGGACUCUGAUUCCGAUUGGGAAAGUGACGCAAUCAUUGGCUUUAGUGGAUUUAUGUAA